AGUGAAACCAGGGCACUCCACAUGAGUCAGCACUCAGCCCCGUGAGGCUGAGACUUGAGACGUCUCCCUCUCCCUCUUCUUGCUCACCUCCGAAAUAAACCAACGCAUUCCUGCCCUGUUAGCUGGGCAGAGGCCCCAGAGUGCAGGAACAAGGGCACCAUCCACCCCUUCACCCUGCAGCUGCGCCCUCUGGAGGGAUUCCACACACCCUACUCCACCCUGCACUGGGGACGCUGUGGAGCAGGAGCCAAGGAGCAAAGUCCUACCACAGGAGGCCAGGGCAGCCGUGUCUGCAGAGGCAGAAGGCCAGGGCCACAGCAGAAGCGCCACUCAGAGCCGCACCGCCAUGGAUGCCCUGGUGCAUCUCCUGCAGCUGCUGGUUCUGCUCCUGACCCUGCCUCUGCACCUGAUGGCUCUGCUGGGCUACUGGCAGCCGCUGUGCAAAAGCUACUUCCCCUACCUGAUGGCCGUGUUGGCUGAGAAGACCAACCACAUGAUGGAGAGCAAGAAACGGGAGCUGUUCAGCCAGAUAAAGGAGCUAAAGGGGCCCUCCGGGAAGGUGGCCCUGCUGGAGCUGGGCUGCGGCACAGGGGCCAACUUCCAGUUCUACCCUGCCGGCUGCAGGGUCACCUGCCUGGACCCAAACCCUCACUUUGAGAAGUUCCUGAAAAAGAGCAUGGCCCAGAACAAGCACCUGCAGUACGAGCGCUUCGUGGUGGCCGCUGGAGAGGACAUGCGCGAGCUGGCCGACGGCUCCAUGGACGUGGUGGUCUGCACGCUGGUGCUGUGCUCCGUGCAGAGCCCAGAGAGGGUGCUGCAGGAGGUCCGGAGAGUGCUGAGGCCGGGUGGAGUGCUUUUUUUCCUGGAGCACGUGGCUGAGCCGCGCGGAAGCUGGGCCUUCAUGUGGCAGCGAGCCUUAGAGCCCACCUGGAAACACAUCGGGGACGGCUGCCUGCUCACCAGAGAGACCUGGAGGGACCUGGAAAAGGCGCGGUUCUCUGAAGUGCAAAUAGAACGACACCCCCCUCCCCUGAAGUGGCUCCCUGUGGGCCCCCACAUCAUGGGGAAGGCUGUGAAAUAAGCUGGCCCUGGCCCCCACCCCAGGGGUCCCUGCUCCCUCCCCUGCCCCCGCCCCGCCACUCACCCACCAGCCCAAGCCACCUUCUAUGAAAGGGAGCUCCUCUCCUCCCAACCUCUGACCUCUGACCUCUGACCUCUGGCAGGGACAAGCUCUGGCUUCCAUCCCCUCUUCCGCAGAGAAAAACUCCCAGUUCCUAACCUGGUCAGACAGGAAGCAGCUCACCCCCUUCGUGUCCUUGACUGCACAUCCCUGCACUGCUCUCCCCGCUUCUCCAGCUCGCCACCCCUUUCCCUUGUCCCCGGGUGAAGUCCCUCUGCCUUCCCUGGGAGGCUGCAGCUUUGUGCCCCUCAGCCAGGUGCACCCCAGCCAGGUCAUCGGGUCCUCCCUCCCUCCCUCUCUCUGGCCACCACCUCUGUCCACAGCCAUGGAGGAACCAGAAGCAGACCCUGGGAUGAGGCUGCCAAACUCAGUAAAGAAGCCAGAAAUGUUGUCCUCAA